AUGGUUUGUUCGCCUGGUUCCCAAAGAUCUGUAAGCCGAAGUACAGCUCGUACCCAUAGCGCAAGCCGAAGUCGAUCUAGGAGUGGCAGUAUUCGGCGAAGUUAUACACAUUCGAAUCGUAGUCGAUCAGGAACCAGAUCAUUUUCCAGACGCAGUUCCCAUUCACGUCGGAGUACUAGGUCAAAAAGUCACUCCAAUUAUUCUCGUUCACAUUCUGGCAGUCGACGUUCCAGAUCAUGGUCUAGAUCACGUUCACGCUCUCAUGGUCGGUCCGCUUACUCGUCACGUUCACGUUCUGCUAGUCGUUCCAGAUCAAGAUCUUAUCGUAGUCGGAGAAAGUCGUUUUUUAGAAGUAGAACAAGAAGUUGUUCUUAUCACUCAGUUCGUUCACGAUCACACAGCCCCAAUUCAAGAAACGUUUCGCCAAGCGCCAAAUGUGUCAAAGAUCCGAGGGAUCGUUCUAAGCGUGCACAUUGGACAAAUAAUGUUUGGUUAGUUGGUGAAAAAGCAAAGGAUACAGUUUUUCAUUUCUGUGAUAUUUGUGAUUUACCAAUUGUAAUCUAUGGACGUUUGCUACCUUGUAAGCAUGUAUUGUGUUAUACAUGUGCUAUGAAUCUUAUGAAGAAAUGUAAUAGAUGUCAAAAGUCUAUACAAACUGUGGAACGAUGUUUAGUCGGAGGAAUAUUCAUGUGCUUCGAAAGUGAUGGUUGCCGGCGUACUUAUCUCAGUCAUCGUGAUCUUCAAGCCCAUAUUGACCAUCGACAUCGUACUGGGUCAACUGUAAUUACUUCAGUCGCUAAUAAUAGCAGUAGUAAUAAUGUAAAUAGUACGAUGAUAACUAAAAACGAUAUUGUCACACAUUCAGAAAUAAUUACACCUUUGCCAAACCAAGUCAAUUUUACGGAAGAAGCGUCUCUACUUUCCGGCGUUGUAAAAACUAUAACAACAAAUGCUAAUCAAGUGACUACACCUUUAUCCAUAGAUAAGACAACGACUGGUGCGCCUCCUCCAAUGUCUUUGUUAGGUCCAUCACCAAGGUUAGUUAUGAAUACGAUGAUUCCACCAACUUGUGGAACAACUCAACCGAAUAUUUAUAUUAAUAAUCAGAAAAACAGUGGUCUUUUACCAUUACCGCCUGCACAGACUUCAUCCUCAACAAUUUUUUCAAAUCGACUUCCUAUGGGGAUACCUCGACCGCUUAGACUAAACAACCUGAAUAGUAGUUGUAGUACUACUACUAACAAUAAUAAUAACAGUAAUAACACUGUUACUAAUAAUUUUCCUCAACUUCAGCAGUUCACAAACUGUCCUCCGCCUACACUUCCACCUCCACCAUCUAUCGGGGCACCGAAUAUUCGUGCGCCACCACCAGGACCACUACAACAAGCACCACCACCGUCUGCAUUUCUUGCUAAUUCACUUUCCAUUCCGUCAUCGUCGUCUACACAGCAUAAUCAGAACUUUAGUGGUGCUUCAGCUGUUGCUGCUUUAGCUGCUGUUGUCUCAGCGGCGAUGUCAGCAGCAGCAGCUGUCCAGUCGAAAUCUGCUGGAAUGACAGUAGUUGGUGGUACAAAUAAUCUAUCUGGAGCAACGAUUCAACAAUCUUUGACUAGUAAUCAAAUGCAGCCACCUAAUCCAUUGAAUGCCUCAUCAUUAAUUACAAAUGCACUUCGAGCUACUAACCCCAAUUGGAAUCCAUUGGCUACUGGUGUAUCGAAUGUAUUGAAUAACAGUAACAAUAAUAGUAAUAAUAAUGCAAAUAAUAAUAAUAAUCAGAAUAACUUUAACUCAAGAUGUUUACCAUUUCAAUAA